AUGACUCUCAGCGAAAUCAAGGAAUCGAGAACCCAGAAAGUGAGAGAGGAGAUUUUCUCGAGAUAUGAUAGUCGCACAACCAUCUUCUCACCGGAAGGUCGUCUCUACCAAGUCGAGUACGCCAUGGAAGCCAUCGGCAACGCUGGUUCAGCGAUCGGAAUCUUGGCCAAAGACGGAGUUGUUCUGAUCGGCGAGAAGAAAGUCACCUCCAAACUCCUUCAAACCUCUACAUCCACUGAGAAAAUGUACAAGAUCGAUGACCACGUGGCCUGUGCGGUUGCUGGUAUAAUGUCCGAUGCCAACAUUCUGAUCAACACGGCUCGAGUCCAAGCUCAGCGUUACACCUUCAUGUACCAAGAGCCAAUGCCCGUGGAGCAGCUGGUUCAGUCUCUAUGCGACACAAAGCAAGGAUACACGCAAUUUGGUGGGCUUCGUCCGUUUGGAGUUUCUUUUCUCUUCGCGGGAUGGGACAAGAACCAUGGGUUUCAGCUUUAUAUGAGUGACCCGAGUGGGAACUACAGUGGAUGGAAAGCUGCAGCCAUUAUUGGCAUGAUACAUGUGGCUUCACCAUCUUUAUGCGUUAGGGUUUAUUUCUAUGUUGUUAUGAAUUGA